AUGGACCUCAACGAUCUGCACCCGCCCGACGACUACAGCCACAGGUUCUUCAUUUGGCAUGAGUGGAUCCAGGCAAACGGGCCUCUCACAAAUGAGAACGUCUUUGACUACUUUGCUACUUCGAUGUUCUACGACAAGCAAAGCAAUAACCAGGUACUACGCAUGCAGACCAUGCAUACCGGCGUGCCUCUGGAGAAUGAGGCGGAGGAGUUGCGGCGAUUCACGGGUAUUGAGUUCGCUCUGGUUCAUUCUCAACCACCUGGUCUCUUCACUAUUCACAAGCGCGAACGGCUAUCGCCAGACGAAGUUCGACCAUUGGCGGCCUAUUUCAUCAUGAACAAUCGGAUCUAUCAGUCUCCAGACGUCUACAAUCUGGUUUCCAACCGCCUGCUUACCUCAUUGCAAGCACUGCAAACCUCGCUGGACAUCCUGCGUUCCCGCAGACCGAGCUAUACUCCUCGAACCGGAUUUGUCUGGCCGAUCGUCGAGGCGUCCGAUCCGUUGAAACGGGCAGCAGAAAGUAAUGAUGAACGUGCGGCCACUCAAAGCACCGAACCCCAAUCGCAAGAUCAGGAGCUCUCUUCAUCGCAGUCCAAACGCAUCAAGCCCUCAGCGAACCCUCGGCAUCAGAACACACUACUGCUUGUCAAUGCCAUACGGACGACUGCACUGCACGCGACAGAAUCCUUCACGUUGCCUACCGCCGAACCUCCUGACAGCGCACAGGCCGCACCUGGAAGUCAAACCCCUGGUGCCGGUCCUGGUCCCACGCCAGCGGCGAGAAGUGCCGCAGCCACCCCGGCGCCCGCAACGAGGGGAGCGACGCCGAUCAGUAAUAAGAGAGCGGGCUCGCCGCUGGAGAGGGAGCCUACAAAAGGGCAGCCAGGGGCUGGAAAGAAGAAGAAAAGGAGUAGGUCGAUAUGCAUAGCUCAUCGUGAGCCGCGAGCGUUGAUGACUGUCCUGUGUUAG